AUGACCAAAAGCUUGAUCGAAGCUAAUCAAAUGGUGAUGAAGAAGAUGAUCGACUACAUUGGAAAAAUUGAACCACGACAGAAGAUUCCCAACAAUGCCAAAAAAUUCAUUCUCGAAGUUCUUCGAAAUUCUAAUCACGUCAUGAAGAAAUUUCAUGUGGAUAAUGCGUUACUAAAAGGCGUAGUUCAAAUUGAUACUACUUUCACAGGAACAAAUCACGAUAGAAGAAAUUGGCGACCUAACGUUCAAAUUAACGCUGAUAUUCCGAAUGCAAAACACGGUCAGCCACAUCACUACGGUGGUGAAGUUAAUUUGACGGGUAUGGAUUCCAGGAAUAUCCUAUUUAAGGAGCACGUAGAGAUUCCAGAAGCAAUAUUUCAAGCUGGUAGACCGACACAUCCAAAAUUACGACUUGAAAUAAAUCCUCAAACCAGUAAAGGUAAUGCAACAUUUGGUGAAAUCAGCAAAGUCCAAUGGGAAGGUAGGUGGAAAACGUUACCACAGAAAGGUUUCCAAACCUUCAAGUAA